AUGAUCCUCUCAACAAUCACAGCUUUCCCAUCCCUCUUCCUCCUCCUCAUCCUCCUCCUCCACCCCCUCAAAACCACAUCCCAACCCGCCCCAAACGAAACCUCAAGCUACACUUACAUCGUAAUCGGCUCCGGCCCAGGCGGCGGUCCCCUGGCCUGCAAUCUCGCCCGCGCAGGCCACCCAACCCUCCUCCUCGAAGCAGGCGACGACGAGCGCGACGACAUCCGCACCGUCAUCGCCAACGGCGGGUACUUCAUCACCCCGAGCAACAGCUGGUCCUUUUUCGUGCGGCAUCAUCCGGACGACGAGGUCGAGCUACGAAAUAAUCACCUGACGUGGCGGCUUCCCUCGCAGAAUGGAACUGGAAUUGGACCGUACUGGGUCGGUAAUGCGGCGAGGGCGCCCGAGGGGGCAGAAUUGUUGGGGGUGUGGUACCCGCGCGGCGCGACCGUGGGUGGUUCGAGCGUGACGAAUGCGAUGGCGACGUGGUUGCCGAAUGAUUCGGAUUGGGAGUUUGUGCAGAAUGUUACGGGGGAUGCUUCGUGGAACCAUCAAAACAUUCGGCAGAUCUUUGAGAGGGUCGAAAAGAACAACUACCUCCCCGAAGGCACGCCAGGGCACGGAUUCGACGGCUACUUUAACACGAAUCUUGGCAACGGGUCUCAGUACCUCAAUAACCCUGGUCUCAUGGACAUUCUCAAGUCGCACUUGCGGUCCAUUGGGAAAGACCCGGAGAAGCUUAUCGAGAUGGUGGGCAGCGACGGGAACUUCCUCGGCGAAGAAAGAGACACGACGGAGGGCAUGUGGGGGCUGUCGUUCCAUGCGACAGACAAAUGGGAGCGGUACAGCUCUCGCACAUACAUCUACGAGACUCUGGCAGCCAAGAACGCAGAUGGUUCUCCCAAGUGGCCGCUGACCUUAUCAACGAAUUCUCUGGCCACGAAGGUCCUGUUUGAAGAGACAGAGGGUGGUAAGCCUAAGGCCGUGGGCGUUGAGUAUUUGGCGGGCAAUUCAACGUACGGCGCCGACGUGCGACGAAAUGCGUCAACGAAAGGGGAGACACGACGAUUAAUGGCAUCUCGCGAAGUCAUCGUUGCAGGCGGCGCUUUCAACUCACCUCAGCUACUACAGCUCAGCGGCAUCGGGAACAAGACACAUCUUGAAGCACUCGGCAUCGAGGUCGUGGCAGACUUGCCAGGCGUGGGGCGAAACCUCCAAGACAACCAAGAAUUUCCGGUUGUGGGCCACGCUCAACUCAACCUCACGGCUACCCCAAACCCCAACGAGCCCAUCUGCGCAAAAGGAAGCCCUGGAGAUCCAUGCGAGGAGCUGUGGCGGCAGGGGAAAGGCCCGUACAUGCGGCCAGGGUAUAACUCGAACGCGUUGCUUCUCAGGUCCAACUUUUCUCUAACGGGAGAGCGAGAUGUUUUCGUGUUCAGCUGGCCAAGGGCGUUCCGCGGAUUCUGGCCCGAGGUACAGCAGCCGGAGCUCCUUGAUCCGCCGACUACCGUUGGCUUCUCAACAGUCAAGAUGCAUCCGCAAAACACGGCCGGGUACAUCAAGAUUCGGUCCGCAGACCCGACGGAACCGCCGCAGAUCAACUUUGAGCUGUACAAGGAAGGUGCGGAGACGGAUCUGGGAGCAUUAGCGGAGGUGGUGGCGUGGGGCCGACGGAGCAUGCGCGGCGUCCAAGGCCCGUGGGGUCCAGUGGAGCCGGCCGAACCCCCGUGCUCGCGGGUCGAGAGUGAUGGCCUCUGCGGCGAUGCAGACCCGGAGUCGGACAAGGACUGGAUCCGGGAGCAGACUUUUGGACAUCAUCCUACAGGAACGUGCAAAAUGGGUGCAGCUCAUGAUGGUAUGGCGGUAGUGGAUUCCGAAUUUCGUGUGUUUGGUGUGGACAGGCUCAGGGUUGUCGAUGCGAGCGUGUUCCCGCGGGCUCCCGGAGCAUUUCCUGCCGUAGCGACCUUUAUCAUUAGCCAGAAGGCGUCAGAUGUAUUGCUGGGAGGUCGAAGAAUGUCGGAGCCGUGA